AUGCAGGAAAUUAGUGAAGACGAUGAUGUCGAUUAUAAUAUUCAAGAAAAAAAAGAUUGCCCGGCUGCAAAAAGUGUGAUCCUCGAUCCUUCUACGGUUUCACGUUUCGAGCCGUCAGAACAUAACGUUUUCCAUUGUUCGGGGAAAACAAACGUGCCUGAAAUGUGCCUUAUAGGAAUGAAACAUGGCGAGACAAUAAACUUUCAGGGUUAUCUAUUGGUCGCACUAAUAUCAGGAGACGCUAUAAUUAUGGGUCAUAGAUUACAAGGGGUAUCAACUUUGCAAGAUGGCAAAGAACUCGCUGAAGAAAUCACGUUCAUUAAUUACAAUGAUGAUCUUAUAUUUCAUCCAAUAUAUUCGCCAAAAACUCAUUCGCUAAUUUCCAUAGAAUCUGUUGAAAGACGAGAAAAUUUACCAAUAUUUUCGAAUCGAGGAAUUAAAGCAUCAUUGAAUAUUAAACAAACUAUUAAUGAUCUUUUGAUAAAAUCUAAAAUUGUCAAAGAAAACUUUGAUACUAUCUUAGUUUUCCGAGAAAUGACAUGGUGUGGUAUUCAAGGAAUAGAAAAAAUUGCAUCUUCAUGCUUUAAAAAUAUAUUUACUGCUGAGAAUGUAAAUUCUUGCAGGAAUAAUCAAAGUGAUGAAACCGAUUCUAUAAAAAGAAACUUAUUUCAAAUUUCUGGAUUUUAUCCGAUUCUUGAAGUUAUAGCUGGCCUGACUUCACUUCAACUUUCUGAUUCUUGGUUGAACGCAGCAAACCAACUUGCUAUUGAUGUCAUUAAUUAUAAUGUGCCGCCUAUCGUUGUUAUUUGUGGGCACCGAAAUGUUGGAAAGUCAACAUUUGCCAGAUAUUUACUUAACAAUCUUCUUAAUGUGUAUGAUGUCAACUGUCCUAAAGUUGCUUAUAUUGAAAGCGAUGUAGGACAAUCGGAAUUUACUCCACCAGGUUCUGUAUCUCUCAAUAUAUUGGAUUCACCUAUUUUUGGACCUCCAUUUACUCACAUCCAACGGCCCUAUAGAUCAUACUAUGUGGGUAACAAUACUCCUCGUGACGAUCCCGAUUAUUAUUUAGAUUGUUUACGUGAAUUAGUAAUUGUUUAUCGUCGAGAUAUCGCUUGUGGACCAGAUUUUGGCAUGCAUGCGGACGAUGAGAUACAACGAAUCCCAUUGAUUUUAAAUACGCAUGGGUGGAUAAAAGGAAUGGGAUAUGAUCUCCUUCUUAGUAUUCUUGGCUUUGCUAAGCCAACACAUUUGUUUCAAUUUCAUUCACUAAUUCACUCGUAUCAAAAUCUUCCUCCAUUUCCUGUUUCCAUCUUGUCUCCUCCAAACGAAGAUCCGCCCAAAGUUUUUUCUGUUGAAGCAAUUGAUAAUUCUAAAAUUUCAACAAAAUAUACAGCUGUGGAUUAUCGCACGUUAGCCAUGCUUUCUUAUUUUUAUUCUACACCUGCUAUACUGUUAAAACAAGAAAAUGCUAAAUGGUGGCAAUUUGAUAAACCAUUAAUUCAUCAUUCUCCAUGGUGUUUGGAUUGGACAAAAGGAUUGAUGAAAGGUGUUUUUGUUUUCUUUAAUGAUGUUCCUUGGAGCCAACUUUUGUAUGCAUUAAAUGGUUCAAUUGUUGGAUUAGUUGGAAAUAUUUCGGAUAUAGAUGAAAGUCAUGAAAUGAUUGAUGAAACUGAACCUUCGUCAGGAUUAUCACAAGAAAAGGAAAUAUAUAUUCAGCCUCCACGUUACUUCCCAUGUCCUGAUUACCCACCACCUACACCUUCUGAAUACUCAUUUUUGGGGCAUGCAAUUAUACGAUCCAUAGAUCCUGCUACCCAUACCUUUCACAUUUUAACACCACUUUCAUAUGUGGAGUUACAAAAAACGAGUUUUAUUGUAAAAGGAUCAUUGGAACUUCCUAUAUGGUUCAUGAUGGAUCACACAAAUAAUAUUUCAACUGGUGUCUGUGGUGUGCCAUGGAAGAGAGUACCUUAUAUGAACUUUGAAGUUAGGGAAGGUGUUGGAAAUUCUGCUCAAAGG